AUGGCCACCCCCAGUGUUCUCACCUUUGACGCUGAGGGUCGGGCUGUUGACUUUGAGGUCUGGGUAGAUGAUCUGCAGCUUUUCCUACAGUGCGAUAGGGCAGACGGUCUCUCCCUCUUUGACCUCACUUCUGGUGCCUCUCCUGCCCCUGCUGCUGAUGCUGACCCCACUGUUCGCUCACAGUGGGCCACGCGCGAUGCUGCUGCCCGCCUUGCUGUGCGCCGCCACUUGCCGACCGCUGAGCGUGCGCACUUUAGCCAGUACAAGAGUGCUAAGACCUUGUACGACGCUGUCGUUGCACGCUAUUCUUCCCCUGCCACUGCUGCACUUAGCCGCCUCAUCCUACCGUACCUCUUCCCUGACCUCGCCGCUUUUCCCACUGUCGCUGACCUCAUUACGCACCUUCGCACUAGUGACACUCGCUACCGCGCUGCGCUUCCUGCUGAGUUCUGCGCCAAGAACCCCCCCCCCAUGUACAUCACCCUCUACUACAUAGUCACCCGGCUCCCUGACACCCUUCGCUCGGUCAGGGACCACUUCCUCUCUGUUUGCCCCACCACCCUCACCGUUGACCUCCUCGAGGAGCGCCUUCUAGCGGCAGAGAAGAGCAUAGUCGCUGUAGGAGCCUCUCGUGGUGACCCUCGUGCCCCUGUCUUUGAGGGGUGCUCCCCCUCUCCCCUCCUGCCCUCUGUUGCCUCUGCUGCUGCGGCCGACCUCGUUGGUCUUGAGUCGGUCGCUGCGGCGUCUGCCCCUAGCGGGAGACGCCGCCCUGGCAAGGGCUAUGGGGGCAAGGGUGCUGGAGGAGCUGGCGGGGGCGGUGGAGGCGGAGGUGGAGGUGGUGGAGGGGGUGGGGGUGGCGGUGGGGGUGGUGGCGGGGGUGGGGGCGUCGGUGGCGGGACUGGAGGUGGAGGUGGAGGCGGCGGUGGCGGUGGGAGCGGAGGUGGCGGUACUGGAGGUGGUAGCGGCGGAGGAGGAGGUGCUGGUAGGGGUGGCGCUGCACAGAGGGUUGGCUCCGGUGGUGGUGCGCGCCAGCAGCAGCAGCAGCAGCAGCGUACUCGUGAGACCCCUUCCCCCCAGCAGCUUCGGGCCAUGGCUGCAUAG